AUGCCGCGGCGCUACGCGUACUCGUAUGGCAGCCGGGGGGACACCGUGUGCCCUGGCACCACCUUCCAUGACGAGCGGUAUGUGUGGGUGGACCUGACAGCGGGCCCGGUGAGCUACGGGCCGGCAUGGGAGGGGCAGGGGGCUGUGACUCCCGCCGCGUACCUGCGAGCAGAGCAGUACAGCAAGGAGCUGCUGCACGGGGCAUUCCUAGCGCACGUGGCAGUGCUGGUGGACAGUGCAGUGCGGCACGUGUUUGUGCCGCCGCUGCUGCAUGCGCCCGUGGUGUACGCGGUUACCACGGACAUCUGGCUCAUCGCCAUGCGCAGUGGUGGCGCCACGGGUGACGAGGACAUGGGGCUCGAUUUGAGCGCAAUUAAGGUCCAGCUGCUAGCGCGCUCGCCACCGGUGCUGCUGGCGGGGCAGCAGGUGCGCUUCAAGCAGGUGGAGCUCUCCCUCGCCACCUGCUCCUUCUGCUCCACCGCUCUGCACCGCGCCAUGCGGUCCGGGCUGUAUGAGGCCUCCGUUGGUGCCGCUGCCAGCUCAGCAGCAGGCGUGCCAGGUGGCAUGGAGGUGCGGCGCCACCUGGACUCAGAGGAUCUGCACCGCCACCUGUCGGAGUUCUGGCCUGAGAUCACGGAGCUAGCCGGCCUGCCACUGCCGGACUAUGCGGAGCGCAACGACCCAACCCGCAUGCCGGGCGCUUCUUCCCCGUCUUCCUCUUCGACCUCCAUGACCCAUACCCCCUGCUGCUCGAUGGCCGCCACCGGGCGCUGGCAUAUGACGACAUGGUGCUGGCUGUGCGCACCACUGCCCCGCCGCUGCCCUCGCACUUCAUGUGAGACACGGUGUAGGAGAGGUGGGGGGAGGGGGGGCAUGGGAGGUGUGGGGGGGCAUGGGAGGUGUGGGGGGGCAUGGGAGGUGCGGGGGGGCAUGGGAGGUGUGGGGGGGCAUGGGAGGUGUGGGGGGGCAUGGGAGGUGCGGGGGGGCAUGGGAGGUGCGGGGGGGCAGCGAGGUGCGGGGGGCAUGGGAGGUGGGAGUGGGGAUGGGAGGUGGGAGUGGGGAUGGAGGUGGGAGUGGGGAUGGGAGGUGGGAGUGGGGAUGGGAGGUGGGAGUGGGGAUGGGAGGUGGGAGUGGGGAUGGGAGGUGGGAGUGGGGAUGGGAGGUGGGAGUGGGGAUGGGAGGUGGGAGUGGGGAUGGGAGGUGGGAGUGGGGAUGGGAGGUGGGAGGGGAUGGGAGGUGGGAGUGGGGAUGGGAGGUGGAGUGGGGAUGGGCGGUGGGUGGGGAUGGGAGGUGGGAGUGGGGAUGGGAGGUGGGAGUGGGGAUGGGGAUGGGAGGUGGGGAAGGAUGGGCCGUGUAGUGCAAGAUGGUCACACUGCCAUUUUUCCACGAGGCAUGGAGCGCCAUCCACAACGCGUCGCAGCAAAACUACCGGUGGAGCAGCGGCAUCACGCCCAUGGGGCCCUCUUCUCGCGCCACACCUCACCACACCACAACGAUGAGGGACACACGGCGCUGCGCAACGUGGUGCUCUCCACACUCAACUCCACCAUCGCCAGCACCAUGCACCUCCUCUCCGCGCUCCAGGUACCCCACUUCUCUUGCCUUCUCUCCUCCCCAUGCCUUCUCCCCAUGCCUUCUCCCCUUUGCAUUCUCCCCGCUCCUUCUGCCUCUCCUCUUCUCUCCUUCUCCCUUCACCUUUUCCCCUCCUCGUCUCUCCUCCUUCAUCCCCCUCCUAGUCUCCCUCCCUCUAUCUUUUUCCCUCUCCAUUUGGUCUGCCCACUACUCCUUACCUCCCAAGCCGCACCUCAACCCAAAGCGUCACUGCUUUCCUCUUUCUGUGCCGUGCUUGAACGCCUUCUCAUUCUCCUCCCCUCCCCUGUCCGCCCCCUCAACCCCAUACCACCAGAGGUACGGGUCGGAGGAGGCGGCGCUGAAGCCGGGCGGCGGUGA